AUGGGCAAAGUAGAAUUGAAUGGUGAGGAUGGCACAAUGAACAUAAUUGUUUUACAGCUAUAAUUUAUCUCACUUAUCUGUAUAAAUAAAAUUAUAUCUAAAAAGCUAAAGAAGGAGGUGUGUUGGCUAAAAUAGGUAUGCAAAAAUAUGGAAAUAAUGGAAGUAGGAAUGUAUCCAUAUUAUCUGCCAUUUUCAAUUGGAGAACAGUUCAGUUCGGUUGUGGAGAAAUAGUUGAAGNUUUAACAAAUUAUUAGACUUAAUGA